UCAUUGUGACCUUCAUUUUCUCGGCCUCUGCCGCUGCUUUGAGCCGUCGACGCGCCAAUUCAAAACUGUCGCAACUCUCAUGGCGUCCCAGAACAAGUCCGCUGGAUGUGGAUCUGGAUCUUCUCCCGCAGCCGCUAAUGGCGACGUUUCUCCUCCGCGCAAGGUAGCAUUGAUCACCGGCAUCACCGGUCAAGAUGGUUCCUACCUCACUGAAUUCCUCCUCAACAAAGGCUACGAAGUCCAUGGCCUUAUUCGCCGAUCCUCUAACUUCAACACCCAACGAAUCAAUCACAUCUACAUCGAUCCCCACAACACCCACAAGGCACGAAUGAAGCUUCAUUAUGCCGAUCUCACAGAUGCCUCUUCCCUCCGUCGAUGGCUCGACACAAUCCUCCCCGACGAGGUUUACAAUCUCGCUGCCCAGUCGCAUGUCGCCGUUUCCUUCGAGAUCCCCGAUUACACCGCCGAUGUUGUCGCCACUGGUGCGCUCCGACUCUUGGAGGCUGUUCGAUCUCACAUCGCCGCCACCGGUCGUAGCCAUAUUCGCUAUUACCAGGCCGGAUCAUCCGAAAUGUUCGGUUCCACCCCACCUCCGCAGUCGGAGACUUCCCCAUUUCAUCCUCGGUCUCCUUAUGCAGCGUCGAAAUGCGCCGCGCAUUGGUACACCGUCAAUUAUCGCGAGGCUUAUGGGCUUUUUGCCUGCAAUGGGAUACUCUUCAACCACGAAUCGCCGAGGCGAGGUGAGAAUUUCGUGACCCGGAAGAUCACGCGUGCUGUGGGUCGGAUCAAGAUAGGCUUGCAGCGCAAAUUGUUCUUAGGGAAUUUGCAGGCUUCGAGGGAUUGGGGCUUUGCUGGGGAUUAUGUGGAGGCUAUGUGGAUGAUGCUGCAGCAGGAUAAGGCGGACGAUUACGUUGUGGCCACGGAGGAAUCCCACACGGUGGAGGAGUUCUUGGAGGUUGCAUUUGGCUACGUGAGUUUGAAUUGGAGGGAUCAUGUGGAGAUUGACAAGAGGUACUUCAGGCCUGCGGAGGUUGACAAUCUCAAGGGAGACUCAAGCAAAGCUAGGAAAGUGCUUGGGUGGAAGCCUCGGGUGGGAUUUGAGCAAUUGGUAAAGAUGAUGGUGGACGAGGACAUUGAAUUGGCCAAGAGGGAGAAGGUGCUUGUUGAUGCUGGUUACUUGGAUGCUCAGCAGCAACCUUGAUCUGUAGUAAUGGGAAUUCAACCUUUUCUCAUAUGGUUUUAGACAAAAUGCUUCUUAGAAGUUCAGCCUAUGAUAGGUUUUAGACUUUUUAAGAUAUACAAUGCAGUUCUUUGAAUGAUUUACCAUAGAUGACAGUUUGAUCGGCUGAGUGAUUUUCUUUUGUUCAACUUCCUCUCACAGUAUGGAUUAUCCAAAUUAUAAUCCCAUUUUCUCAAUGUCAGUUCAUCCGUUAUCGCAAGAAAAAGAAAUUAGCUCUUUGUUGUUUUGUUUA